AUGUCUAGUUUAGAAGAACUCACAAAAAGGCGUAUAAAAAAGAAGCUGCAACGUGAACGACUGCGCCCGCCGCCAUUAGUUCCGGAAUUAACUUUCCGGCUUCCGUUCCUGCUACCUCUCCCCCAACCGAGGCUGUAUCUAGAGCGAUAUAAUCAGCAGUUGCAACGGCUGCAGUUACAACAACGUCAACAGCAGGAACAAGAAAACUUGCUGCAAAUGCGGUUGAAACAAAAACAGAUACAAAUCAGUCAAGUGAAGCAGCGACGGAUAAUGUUGCGCCUGGAGCUGGAUUCGCAAAAUUAUCAUUUAAAUCGAGGUCAAUUGCGGGUCCAGCAGUUACAGGAACAACUGCAGCUGCUACAAAACAGGCGACAACAUUGUCAGCAACAGCUGAACCAGAGAUGGUGGCGUCGAUGGUGGAAACUAUGGCGUGAGCGUUGA